AUGUCUCGGAGCUCGAAGGGUGUCCUGGUGACCUCUGAAGAUAUUGUUGUCCAUUUCAUGGAAGAGGAGUGGGCUCUACUGAAUGAAGGCCAGAGGGCUCUGCACCGAGACGUCAUGGAGGCAAAUGUAGCCAGUCUGAUAUCUGUGGCUAUGAGUACAAGAGAGAAGAGGAGUGAGGAAGAAGAAGGUGCCAUGUUUUUUGGUGCCGUCAUGGCUAAAAAGCAGAAAGAACCCUUAAAAUGCAGCAAGACGGUCCAGCGUAGGAGACGCCUUGCUUCCCAUCACCAAUUCCAUACAUCAAAGGAGAUGCUGAAAAGUUUGGAAGAAGGAAGGAGCUUUGGUCAGAGUGGUCCACUUUUCUCCCAUCCAAGCAUCCACACAGUGGAGAAACCGUUUCAGUGCUUGGAAUGUGGAAAGGGCUUCACGCAGAGUGGAAAUCUUGCUUCCCACAUGAGAAUCCACAGAGGCGAGAAGCCAUUUCUCUGCUUGGAAUGUGGGAAGAGCUUCAGACAGAGCUCACACCUGAAAAGCUUCAGUCACCGCAAUACACUUAGUUCACAUCUUAGAACUCACACUGGGGAGAAACCUUUUAAGUGCAUGGAAUGCGGAAGGAGCUUCAGCCAAAGCAGCAUCCUUUCUAUUCAUCAGAGGACACACACUGGGGAGAAACCCUAUCAAUGUGUGCAAUGUGGGGAGAGCUUCG